AGUUUCGACCUAAAUUCCGGAAGUUUCGUCGGACGGCACACCAUAUAUGAACAGGUGUGGGAGGAGCCCGGCCUUAGGUGUAUAAGAACCGCAGGUAGAGCCAGAUCAGCAGAGAAACCAACAGGAGAGCGAGCAAGAGAGGAAGAGGAGCGCGCACCGCCCGCGAAGAGAGAGAUGGCCUUCAACACACUGACCUCCAGAGCGGUUCUGCUGUAUGAUGAGUGGCUCAAGGAAGCAGAUCCGCGCACAGGGAACUGGGUCCUCAUGGGUUCCCCGUUCCCGCAGACGUUCAUCAUCGCCGCUUACGUGUUCUUCGUGACGACUCUGGGCCCGCGGCUGAUGGAGAACCGCAAACCCUUCCAGCUGAAGACCAUCCUGAUCAUCUACAACCUCAGCAUCGUGCUCUUCUCCCUCUACAUGAUCUAUGAGUUCCUGAUGUCCGGCUGGGCGAAUGGCUACACCUACAGGUGUGAUCUGGUGGAUUACUCCAGCUCUCCACAGGCACUGCGGAUGGCCUGGACCUGCUGGCUCUACUAUUUCUCCAAGUUCAUCGAGAUGCUGGACACAGUGUUCUUCGUGCUGAGGAAGAAGAGCAGUCAGGUGUCGUUCCUGCAUGUCUAUCAUCACUCCAUCAUGCCCUUCACCUGGUGGUUCGGCGUGCGCUUCGCUCCAGGUGGUCUGGGGACGUUCCACGCGCUGCUGAACUGUAUGGUCCACGUCAUCAUGUACAGCUAUUACCUGCUCUCGGCUCUGGGGCCCAAAUACCAGAAGUUCCUGUGGUGGAAGAAGCACAUGACCACCAUCCAGCUGGUGCAGUUUGUGCUGGUCACGGCCCACAUCGGCCAGUUCUUCUUCAUGCAGGACUGCCCGUACCAGUUCCCGGUGUUCCUGUACAUCAUCGGGCUGUACGGGCUGAUCUUCCUGCUGCUGUUCCUGCACUUUUACUACCACGCAUACACACGCGGCAAACGGCUGCCCAAAGUGCUGCAGAACCGCAACUUCCUGCUGCAGAAGCUGGACUGACCCGCACCGACCACUUUCAGCACAUCCACUUCCUGUUUUACGUUAAAACUCCUGGGGAAACCGUUGCAGACGCUGUGUGUGUGUGUGUGUGUGUGUGUGUGUGUGAGACUGAGCUGCGGGCCGGAUCAGACUGCGGGUUAUGAGAGCAGAGGUGAUGAAGGUUUUUGAGGGUUUGUUCAUUAAAUGACCCGAUGACCUUUGACCCCUGACUGACCGCCUGCUGGAACCCGCAGGAUUGUGCACCGCAGAUGUGACGUCAGCAGAAUGUGUGUGUGUGUGUGAUAUUUUAUUUAUUCUUUAUUUAAUAUUGCGGUUUUCUUAAUGUUGUGCUGUUUUACAUGAAGUCGUGUUUCCUGUUCUACUUUUAUAUUGAGAGCAACAGAAGACAGAACCGGUGGGUUUCUCCUCCUUUUGUCUUUUUAAAGUCCUAUUUUCAAAAAGGUUUUUGUAUUUUUCAAAAAAAAAGAUUUUUACUAUGGAACAAAAUAAAUUUUGCCAUGUUACUUCA